AUGAAUUUUAACAAAUUCAAUCCGCUAUCGACUGAAUUCAUAUACCGGCCCAAAGAUGACGAUGCAGCUCACAUUGCGACUAGAACCUUUCCAUCAGAUGUCAAGAGGCCAGCCUUGGAGAUGAACAGUGCCGAUGUUGGAGACUGGGGGAUAGACGACGACGACAUACCUACAGCAGCAACAACGGCAGCAACAUCGGCAGCAACAUCGGCAACAACAACGGCAACAGCAUCAGGUAUCGCUUUCAGUAACAUUUUGUCCCCCGCAACGAGUUCUUCAACUGCUACGGGUCAACAUACGCACCAACAACCGGCUCAGCAGCACUACUACCAAUAUACAACUCCACGGCAAACGAUGAAGCGACAGUAUCUGGAUCAUCUGUAUAGACAGACGCCGCUUUACGAGGACCCGUUUAUGCCCCCGGAACCAACUUAUGUAAACCACCGACGGCGAAACUCCAACGUGCUGAACAACUCCUCGGGGUUGUACCAGCUGUAUUUGAAUCAACAACAACAACAACAACAGCAGCAGCAGCAGCAGCAGCGGCUAUCGUCAUCGUCACCUCAUCAUCAUCAUCAUAAUCAGCACCCGGAUUAUGCUUGCCUGCGGGCACAUUCACGAGCGCCGAGUGUCAUUGACUAUUGUGAAGCCACGGGGAAUGUGAUUGAAGCAACGACUGAUUCAAUGACCAAGUUCAUCAGGAAAUAUCUAUCAUUGGAAAAGAAAUUGGAUCAAUUUUGGGAACAGUUUCGAUACAACUUGAUCAUUUCAAACUUGCUUGAUGACUCAAUGAUUUUGAGUAAAGAUAACCCGGAUUUGGAGUUGCAACGACAUCUUGAUACAUCCAAACUGCGCGGGGCAUUGACGCAAAAUUUCAAAUUUAGCAUCAAUGAUGAUGGCACGAGAUUACAUUUGUUGAGCCUGGAUUACCAACUCACCUAUAACUUGCAAUAUGACGCUCAUCAUUCCGUGAUAACCAUCACAAGUUUGAUUAUUUAUUUGCUUAAGCAGCAGCGAAACAUGCAAAUCCCCGGUCAACGGCACAUGAGCAUGGACUCCCAGUUUAAAUUGUUCAAGAUUAUUCUACUAUUUGCUUCAAAGUUGAUCAAAGUACGCAAAUUCAAAAUCAUCGUCAAGACCAAUAAAGUGCUUGAAUUGUUGAAUGCAUUUUUGAAAUUAAACUACGCCAUGAAUAAAAAAUUGGUCUUGAACAUGAUGCAACUCAAGCGUGGCAAGUCUCAGAGCACGAAAAUGGCAAUGGCAAUGACAAUGGCAAUGGCAAAUGGCAGAAGCGAGGGUCUGACCUUACCCUCUUCCUCGUCAUUGUUGUUGAGCUCGCUAUCUUUACUAAAUUUCAAUUUGCGGUGUUUGGUGACCAAGUUAUUGCCACUUUUAAAUGGAGAUUUAUUUCAGCAGUACUGCACGAUACACAAUAUAAAUAUUGCUAUACUUACUCAAGAUUUCCAAAAGGACAUAAAUAGCGGUGGUGGCAAUAGUGAUAGCGAUGCAGACGUUGAAGAAGUUCUUUUCAACAUCAACAAGUUCAAUCAGUUGAGAAAAUUGCUCAUUUGCCAAUUGCUAGCUCUAAGCGAGUUGCCAAGUCCCAAUUUCUUUACAUUCACCAUUAUGGACCAGUUCAACAUGAAUGAAGAACCAUCACAUAACCACUUGAACGCAGUGCAGAUAUUGGAUUUGCUCCAAGAUGUGCUAACUGAUCACAAUUCAAUGAUUUCAAGUAUAAAUCUCGCCUUUUCCAAAAGCGACCUGAUUGCGCAAAGAACAAGAGCUUCACUUGAAGAAACCGUUGCAAUGUCGCCGCCACUACUGAGUUUAUCUCAAUUCACGGCAAAGCUAACUAAUUUCACCAACAAUGUCAACUAUUUCACCCGAUAUAACAAGUCCUUGCCAAUUGAAAAUGUCGAUGAGCAGUUGGAGAAGCUUUUAAUCUUUAAAAACUUUAACGAUGAAUUGAAUCACUUGAAAAUGCUACACAAGCAGACUCUAAUUGAACUUAACCAGGAAGUCAACCCCGAGAUCAGUAACAUUGCUGCAUCGCCCAUGUCUAAUAUUACUUUAUCUCCGCAACUGAAUGGAGGUGGAUCUAUUCCAACAAAGAGUUUCAAUCUCAAAGCAUUUCACAAUUCGAGAAAAAACGUGUCCUUGCCAUCUCAACCACCAGGCAGUGCUGGAAACAGCACCAGCCCCACAACCCACAGCCACCCACUCUCUCUCUCCCACGACCAUAGCCAUGGUCACGGCCACAGCCAGACUCAAAAAAAUUCAUUUUCAGCUAAUACACCAAAGCAGAAUGAAAAAUACAACCGUCUUUCGACUGGUUUGCAAUUGGGUCUACUCACUGUUUUUGAAGAAAAUGGGUCCGCACCAACAAAUACACCCCAUGCCAAUUCCAAUUCCAAUGUGAAUGCCAAUUCCACGGCCAAAUUUAGAAACUCUUCGUCAUCAUCGACAAAAUCCUCCUCCAUUUCCAAUCCUUAUCCUCAAUUACUACCACCCCCAAAAGUAUCAUGCGAUGAAAAUUACAUCAACAUGCUCCCCUUGGCAAAUCAAUUUGAAAGUUACAACAAACCAACUUUAGAUCAACUCAACGCUACGAUAAUGCGAAGGAAAAACAAUAAUACUAAUAUUGUCAAUGGAUCUAUCAAAAAUAACAAUCGAUAUUCAAACGUUUCUGCCACCAACAAUAAUCGGUUCUCGUUGAACUCGAUUCAGAGUAACGUUUCAGAAAUGAGUGAUUUGAUAUCUACGCAAUUGAGUAGUUUCCAUGGUGAUCUGGUAGAGAAGGAUGACAAUGAUGAUGAUGAUGAUGAUGAUGAUGAGGGUGCAAUUCGAGGUGUAAGGAGUGAAGAAAUUGAAGAUCAAGAUAACGGCAAGUUGAAUGCUGACGAGUUAAAGAGGAAAUUGGAAGCUAGUUUCAGCAUGAUUUACGAUUUGAAGCACGAGAAUGAAAAUUUGAAAAAUGGCGAUGCUGAACGCAUUGCACAGAAACAAGAUCAAGAUGCUCAUCACGAGGAACAUUACGUUGUCAAGAUGCCAAGUUCCGCAUUCUUAAAUGACUUGGAGCUGAAAUUGAAUAGAUAG